AUGGACAGCGAGGCAUUCCAGAGAGCGCAGGAUCUUCUAAAUCUAAACUUCCAGUCUUUGGCCAUGAAGCACAUGGACUUGAAGCAGAUGGAGCUGGACACAGCAGCAGCUAAGGUAGACGAACUGACCAAACAGCUGGAGUCACUCUGGUCAGACUCGCCAGCGCCUCUUGGUCCCCAGGCUGGAGCCUCCUCUAGGAUGUCCCGGUACAGCUCCAGCCCAGUCCCUGAGUCCUUCGGCAGCCGUGGGUCCCCUCGGAAGGCAGCCACUGACAGCGCAGACACCCAAUUCGGACGCUCCGAGAGCACCCCAACCCUGCUGCCCUAUAGCCAGCUGUCCCCCAAGGGCCGGCCGUCGUCGCCUCGCACCCCGCUCUAUCUACAACCGGACGCCUACAGCAGCCUGGAUCGCGCACCCUCGCCCCGGCCCCGUGCCUUUGAAGGUGCGGGCGGCACCCUGGGCCGGGCGCCCUCUCCACGGCCCGGUCCAGGUUCGGGUCCACUGCGCCAACAGGGUCCCACCACGCCCUUCGACUACCUGAGCCGUGCCGCUUCCCCUCGUGGUAGUCCCCUGGCUGAGGGGCCCCAGGCCUUCUUCCCUGAGCGCGGGCCCUCUCCACGCCCGGCUGCCUCCACCUAUGACUCGCCAGUGACCUUUGGGAGCUCCCUACUGGGUGCCGGCGGCAGCGCCUUCACACCGCCCCUGCGAGCUCAAGACGACCUGACGCUGCGCCGGCGGCCCCCCAAGGCCUGGAACGAGUCAGACCUGGAUGUGGCGUACGAGAAGAAGUCUUCUCAGACCACCAGUUAUGAGCGUCUAGAGGUCUUCCCGAGGCCCGCCUCGCCCAGCCUGCAGCUGUUGCCCUGGAGAGAAAGCAGCCUGGAUGGGCUGGGGGCCACCGGCAAGGAGAGUCUCACCAGCGCCACCCUGCCGCGCAAUUACAAAGUGUCCCUUCUGGCCAAUGACAGACGUUCGGAUGUGGGCAGCUACCGCCGCUCCCUGGGUUCCGCGGGGCCAGCAGGCACUUUACCCCGCAGCUGGCAACCUGUCAGUCGCAUCCCUAUCCCCCCCUCCAGUCCCCAGCCCCGCACCGCUCCCCGCCAGCGCCCCAUCCCCCUCAGCAUGAUAUUCAAGCUGCAGAAUGCCUUCUGGGAGUAUGGGGCCAGCAGGGCCAUGUUCCCUGGCUCCUCCAUGGUCAACCGGGUGCCCGCACCUAAACUGCCCUCCCAGCCCCAGCCACUUCCCCAGUCCCAGCCCCAGCUGCAACCCCAACCCCAGCCCCAGUCUCAGCCCCAGCCCCAGCCCCAAACCUCCGUCCCAGCCCUCCAAGUCCCCCAACAGACAUGGCCCCCUGGGAGUGAAGGUGCCCCCAAGCUCCCUGCUGACCUGGACCCAGAGCCCGAGCUGGAAGGGCUGCUGGCACCAGUGCUAGAGGCUGGCGAUGCGGAUGAAGGUGCCCUUACACGGCCUCUCAGCCCCACAAGGUUGCAGCCAGCACUGCCGCCUGAGGCACAAUCAGUGCCUGAGCUAGAGGAGGUGGCUCGCGUGCUGGCAGAGAUUCCACGGCCUCUCAAACGCAGGGGCUCCAUGGAACAAAGCCCCGCCGUGGCCCUGCCCCCCACUCACAAGAAACAGUACCAGCAGAUCAUCAGCCGUCUCUUCCAUCGUCAUGGGCCUGGGCCUGGGGGGCCAGAGCCUGACCUGUCUGCCAUCACUGAAGGAUCCGAGGCCAGGGCAGGGCCUCCGGCUCCCGCCCUACCUGCUCCCAUCCCGCCUCCAGCCCCACCCCAGAGCAGCCCCCCAGAGCAGCCACAGAACAUGGAAAUGCGUUCAUUGCUGCGGAAAGCAGGCUCCCCGCGCAAGGCCCGCCGAGCGCGCCUCAACCCGCUGGUGCUGCUGCUGGACGCAGCGUUGACGGGGGAGUUGGAUGUGGUGCAGCAGGCCGUGAAGGAGAUGAACGACCCGAGUCAGCCCAACGAGGAGGGCAUCACCGCCCUGCACAAUGCCAUCUGUGGCGCCAACUACCCCAUCGUGGACUUCCUCAUCGCUGCUGGUGCCAACGUCAACUCCCCUGACAGUCAUGGCUGGACACCACUGCACUGCGCGGCAUCUUGUAACGACACGGCCAUCUGCACGGCUCUGGUGCAGCACGGCGCGGCCAUCUUCGCUACCACGCUUAGUGACGGCGCCACUGCUAUCGAGAAGUGCGACCCCUAUCGUGAGGGCUAUGCUGACUGUGCCACCUAUCUGGCAGAUGUGGAGCAGAGCAUGGGACUGAUGUACAAUGGGGCUGUAUACGCUCUCUGGGACUACAGCGCUGAGUUUGGGGACGAGUUGUCCUUUCGCGAGGGCGAGUUGGUCACCGUGCUGCGUAGGGAUGGGCCAGAAGAGACCGACUGGUGGUGGGCCUCACUGCAUGGCCUGGAAGGCUACGUGCCCCGUAACUACUUUGGGCUCUUCCCUAGGGUGAAGUCUCAGAAGAAUAAAGUCUAG